AUGAAAGACAGUGUCUUUGGAGAUCUACCAUUAUGGGAUCCGAGGUUACAGAAAGCACAUGGAGAAAUUUAUGGGAACCAGACAUUCAUGAACUGGCUUACUAAUGAAAAGUUCGACAUCGCCUUUGCCCACAUGUAUCACACCUGCCCGAUUGCACUGAUUCAUGCAGCGAAAAUUCCUACAUGGAUAUGGUUGCUGAGCUUGAUGAUGGAGAGCAUGGACGAAAUGAACUUCUAUGAGAGAACAAAGAGUUUCAUUGGCUAUAAUCUUGGAAACAUACUGUUUCCCAUAAUGAUAGUCAACAAAGAAACAGCCAUAAUGAGAGAGCACUGGGAUGCCAACUUUCCAGACAUCUUGGAUUUGGCAAGCAAAUGUCCUUUGAUCAUGGCUAAUAGCAAUGAGCUGUACGAGUUCCCUAGACCAACACUCGCUAAGGUGGUGAACAUUGGUGGACUUGGAGUUGAGCAUAAGGAUGCCAAGCCAUUGAAAGGAAAAUUCAAGAAGAUCGCUGAAACAGGAAAAGGCAUGGUGGUAAUGUCGUUCGGGUCGGUAGCACGAACUGAAUGGAUGCCUGAACAAUGGAAGACAGCCAUGUUGAAGGCUUUUGCUCGGUUCCCUGACUAUCAAUUUGUGAUACGAUAUGUGCCUGACGACCUAAAAGAUCAUCUUCCACCAAAUGUACACACUUUUUCGUGGUUACCACAAGCUGAUCUUCUGCAACAUCCACGCACAAAGCGUUCAUUUCACAUGGCGGAUACAACAGAAGCGAUCAAUGCUGGUGUUCCGCUCAUCACGAUCGCUCUUUUCGCCGACCAGUUUAAAAACUCGAGAAUCGCUGCCAAGCACGGCUUCGCAGUGAACAUCAAGAAACCCGAGCUGAGCGAUGAAACUCUGUACGCCGCUGUCAAGGAAGUUCUAGAGAACGAUAAGUAA